GACACUACAAAAGACCACCAGUGGGUGAUCUGUGAUGGGCCUGUUGACGCACUGUGGAUCGAGAAUAUGAACACCGUGCUUGAUGACAACAAAAUGCUAUGCUUGGCCAACUCAGAGCGCAUCAAGUUGACUUCAUACGUACACAUGCUUUUCGAAGUUCAGGAUCUGGCAGUCGCCUCACCAGCCACAGUCAGUCGAUGUGGUAUGGUGUAUGUCGAUUCACAGGAGCUUGGAUGGCUGCCCUAUGCGAAGACUUGGUUAAACACCGUAUCUGAAAAGUUGACAACGGAAAUACACGAUUAUCUCUUGAACUUAUUCGAGAGGUAUGUGGAGCAGGCACUGCAAUUUGUGAUGACCAAAUGCACAUCAAUGAUACCUCAGGUCCCGAUUGCUCGAAUUCAAACAAUGUGUAAGCUGCUGGAGGUCCUCAUCACACACCCGGGUGGACUCAAUAUAAAGAUGGAAGCUCAAAAGAGGAAUCCUCUGUUGGCAAUGUCAUUUAUUUUCAGUCUCCUUUGGGGCCUGGCUGGUAACCUAAUCGACGCUAACUGGGACUCUGUUGACUCAUUUCUUCGCAACCUUUUUGAUGACUGUGGAGAUGCAAGGGGUUUCGUGGCUGCCACUAAAUAA